GGGCCGCCCGGAAGCACUCGCAGGCCCCGCGGCCUACCGGGGGUGGGCCCGGCCCCGGUUCCCCCUCGGCUUCCCGGGGUGUUUUUGGGGGACCAAAGGGGUCCCGGCAGGGUGAAAAGGACGAGGUUGGGCCCCCGGGCAACUGCAGCCGAACGGGACUGGGGAGCGAGGCCCAGCCCAGCCCAUGGAGCCACGGGGGAUUGUCAAAGCCUUUCCCAAGAGGAAGAAAGUGAGGGGUGACUCAGGGAAAAGCAUCCCUCCAAAGAUUCCAAAACAAGGAACGGGGGUACCUGAGGCAGAGUGGCUGAAACCAGUCACCGCCUACGUGUUGCAAGCUGGCAUCGGCCAAGCCAGGGCAGAGAUCUUCCGUAAGCAGAUUGUCCAGAACGGGGGUCAUGUAUGCGACCAUCUCUCCUCGGAGGUGACGCACGUCAUCGUGGCUGAAGACAUGGAUUGUGAUCGGUCCUUUCGGCUCCUGAAAUUAGCCAAGCUACCUUCGGGCUUGCAGCUAGUGAAGGCAUCCUGGCUCAGUGCUUGCAUUAGAGAUCAGGAGCUGCUGAGUACCACUGGCUACAGGGUCUUUAUCCCUCAGAGGUACCUGGAAAAGGGAGAACAGCAGAAACAGCAGCAGCUAUUGGGCAAUGAAGAGGUCCAGCCCCCAGCAGACAAGGAAGCAGCAGAACCAAACACUAAAGCGCCAGUGGGGGAUUUCUCACAGCAAGGCUUGUCCGAGAAAGUCUGUGACGAUGAAGACAGUGAAGGAGAAGAUGCUAGUGUCACCCAGGGGGAUCUGGAAGCACUGAUUUCUGGCCGCUACCCUGUGAAAUUGUCGGAGGAGACCAGUGACAGCUCUUCCACGGUGGCUCAGCCUGCCAGCAAGUGGGUUUGUGCUCAUUCCUCCGACAGCAAGAAGGAAAAUCACAACCAGUGCAUCACAGAGAAGCUGGAAGUGCUGGCAAAAGCCUAUUCUGUCCAGGGGGACAAGUGGAGGGCCCUGGGCUACUCCAAAGCCAUCAACGCACUCAAGAGCUACCACAAACCAGUCACGUCCUACCAGGAAGCCUGCAAAAUUCCUGGGAUUGGGAAGCGAAUGGCAGAGAAGAUCCUGGAGAUCUUGGAGAGCGGGCACCUGCGGAAGCUGGAUCACAUCAGCGAGAGCGUGCCUGUGCUGGAGCUGUUCUCCAACAUCUGGGGAGCCGGCGUCAAGACAGCUCAAAUGUGGUACCAGCAGGGUUUCCGGACGCUGGAUGAUAUCCGCACGAAGGCGUCUCUCACCAGCCAGCAGGCUGUGGGACUGAAGCACUACGAGGAUUUCCUGCAGCGCAUGCCUCGGGAGGAAGCUGCAGAAAUAGAACAGACCGUCAGACAAGCAGCCUUGGCCCUGAAGCCCGGACUCCUGUGCGUGGCGUGUGGCUCCUACCGCCGGGGGAAGCCCACCUGCGGAGACGUGGACGUGCUGGUCACUCACCCCGACGGGCAGUCUCACCGCGGGGUGUUCACCAAGCUGCUCGACAGCCUCCGCAGGAGCGGCUUCCUUACAGACGACCUAGUGAGCCAGGAGGACAACGGUGAGCAGAAGAAGUACCUGGGGGUCUGCCGGCUCCCCGGGCCGGCCCGGCGUCACCGCCGUCUGGACAUCAUCGUGGUGCCUUACGGCGAGUUCGCCUGCGCCCUGCUCUACUUCACUGGCUCGGCUCACUUCAACCGCUCCAUGCGCGCCCUGGCCAAGACCAAGGGCAUGAGCCUCUCGGAGCACGCCCUCAGCUCGGCUGUGGUGCGAGGUCCUGGUGGUGUCAAGGUGUUACCUGGCCAUAUUCUGCCCACCCCCACCGAGAGAGAUGUCUUCAUCCAGCUGGGACUACCCUACCGGGAGCCCUCCGAGCGGGAUUGGUGACACCCUGCUGGUGACACCCGGCGCUCUGAGCCCACUGCCGUGCUGCUGGUUUGCAGGGUGCUGGUUUCCUCGGUGCUCUGACUGCAAGCUGGGGAAAAUAAACCAGCAAACGGGGCCCGGCUGCUGCUAGCAGAGCUUUGUGGCUUCACCCAGCAGAGGGCGUGGGCUGGAACCAGGCUGGAAAUGCUGCCUGGUGCCAUCCCGCGCCCCUCAGCUACCCUGGCCGCUGGACCAGGCCCCCUCCCCUGCUCACUGCUGCUAGGAGCUGCUGCUGUAGGUAUGAUGAAGGUCCCGCUGUGCUGGUGCUGUGCCCUCCCUCCAUCAGACCUGAUUUUUGUCAUCUGGCAGGUCUCGAUGCUCGGGUUUGGGCUGCUGCAAGUGCCACCAGCUUCCCCUGGUGCCCAGUAACCCGUGGUGAAUCACAGGGACUCAAAAUGCUGCGUGUGCUUGCUCUCAGCCCAUCGUGUGCUGAGCAUCUGCCAGUGCAGAGAGCUGUGAUCCCCCUGCUCCGGGCACAAGGGCUCCUUUCCUCACCGUGCAGGGGAGGAAUGAACCUUGGGGUUCAGAGGAGCCGUGCUCAGGCAGGGUUUGAAUGUAACGGCACUGAAUGUAAGCUGGCAGGGCCCUGUGUUUGCUGCACACAGGGCGUGGAAGCAGAGAGAAACACAAGAUAGUUGUGGUAAUUUGGGCAAAGCAAAGCUUUCCCCUUUUGUGUGCGUGGUGGCCAGGAAGUCAUCUGAGCUUUGUGUGUGUGUGUGUGUGUGUGUGUAAACGGGUGCUCACCCUUUCACGUCCAAAGGAGUGAAUUUUAUUUCUCAGGACACCUCAGCUGUUUUUGUAUUCUGGAGAUGAAUUUUGCAGGGGCUUUCGGUGCUCUGCAGCACCGGCUGCUGGGAAGGCCGGGCUGGGGGUCCCUGUGCCAGGCCCGCCAGGCUCUGCCUUGUCUUGUUGGGGUCCUGCUCACUGCACUUUGCUGUGUCACUGUCACACGUGGCCAUGAGCUGCGUGUUUCUGCUGGGGCAGGCACAAGGGCGUCAAACCUGGCAGUUUGCACAGGGUCUUGCUCUGGUGGCUGUGGUCAGCCCAGCAGCUCUACACAACACUUGGUGGGAACCAGUGUCACCUGGCUUGUCACGGUGCUUCAGAAUUUGAAGUAUAAUAAAUCCCUUCUCUCCUUUUCCUUGA